AUGCGGACGGACUCGACUGAGCACCCGCUCGUCGGACGGGCCCUCAAGCUCUCGCGAGAAUUCAUGAACUGCACGGGUCCGGUGUCAAAUCUGGUCGACUUCUUCACACCCCUGCAGUGGAUUCCGACUAUCAUGUCAAUUCGCGGGAAGAAGCUGCACAAGGGUCUGGUAGAGACGUACGGCGGGAUGAUCAACGACAUUGAGCGGAGGAUGAAGGCGGGCGAGGACGUGCCUGAGUGCUUGGCGAAGACGAUGAUCCUUGCGCGGGACGAGGAGCAGCUUGACCACUUGGACAUGGCCAUCCUGACGUCGGCGUUCAUGAUUGGUGGUGUUGAAACGACAGCAUCGAUCAUGCAAUGGUUUUCCGCUCUCAUCCCUGCAUAUCCUGAGAUCCAGAAGAAAGCGCAGGAGGAACUCGACAGAGUGGUAGGACGUGACCGCUUGCCCACGGUUGAGGACGAGAUUAACCUGCCAUACUGCCACGCAAUCAUCAAGGAGGUCGAGCGGACGCAUAAUCCAUUCUGGCUGGGCACACCCCAUGUUGCGUCGGAAGACUUCACAUAUGAGGGUCAAUACAUCCCCAAGGGCACGGUCGUGAUCCUGAACACGUACUCGAUGCACCACGACCCGUCGAGGCACCCAGCUCCAGAGACGUUCAACCCCGAGCGGUACAUCCACGACAGCACGAACAACACGGAGUCUGCGAAUCUGGCUGACCCGAAUGAGCGCGACCACUGGAUGUUUGGCGCAGGCCGCCGCAUCUGCCCCGGAAUGAUCGUCGCAGAGCGCGAGAUCUGGCUGGCGAUCUCCCGCAUGCUGUGGGCGUUCAACAUGGUCGAGAUCCCGGGCAAGCCCAUCGACUUGAAGGAGUACGACGGGCUGUCUGGCCGGUCGCCUGUGCCAUUCCACAUCAAGCUCGUACCGCGACAUGAGAAUGUCGCGAAGGUUCUUGGUUUGUAA